GCCAGCAGACAGGCAAGACCCGACCCUGGGAAUAAAAAAACACGCAGCCCCGUCUGUUUGAAGAUUAUUUUAUUGCAGCGAGGUAGGGCAGUUCAGUGAAUUUCUCCAUGAAUGUACGUCACAAUGAUGAUGACAGACCAGAUUCCACUGGACUUGGCUCCGCCCCCCCUCCUGAACGGGGAGGUCCCUCUCAUGCCUCACAUGGUUAACGGUGACGCAGCGCAGCAGGUAAUCCUGGUGCAGGUGAACCCGGGGGAGACGUUCACCAUCCGGGCAGAGGACGGCUCACUGCAAUGCAUCCAGGGUCCUGCUGAGGUUCCCAUGAUGUCCCCAAAUGGUUCAAUCCCCCCAAUCCACGUCCCCCCAGGAUACAUCUCACAGGUGCUUGAGGAUACCACAGGGGUCCGUCGGGUGGUGGUGACCCCCCAGUCUCCAGAAUGCUACCCUCCCUCCUACUCUCCGGCCCUCUCCCCAACACACCACCUGCCCCCUUACCUGGCUCACCCUCAUUUCAUCCCCAACUCUCACUCUUUCUACCCCCCUGUCAGCCCAGGAGAGCUGCCUCCCCACCAGUACUACCAGCACCACCUUCCCCCUAUGUAUGGGGAUCCAGAAAUCAUCCCAGUUUAUGGGAUGUCUAACUACAUAGGCAGAGAGGAGACGUACAGUAAGCCGCAGCCCAAAAAGAUAAAGGAACAGAGACAACUAGAGCGACAGAAUCGACUCAACUCCCCUCCCUCCACUCUCUAUAAGGGCAGCCUGGGGCCAGCACACAACGGAUACAGCAGCAAAUCACAUGCCCCUUCGCUCGGGUCAGUGGGAUCAGGGGGCGGACUCGGCAGUCCAGGAGGGAAGAAGCCAGAAAGACGACUCCGCAGCAGUCCACGAAACAGUGAACCAGAGACACACACACAAGAUCAUGAUUCAGAGGGGAAGCGCGUUCAAGACAUGCUGUCUACAAUCGACAAACCACAGGUGUCCAACGUGCAGGCACGGUCUGCACGGCUGACCUGGGCCCCCCCGGCAGGGCUGGUGAACAGGCAUAGUAACGGGAUGCCUGUGUCCUGCUCCUACGAGGUCUCUCUCUCAGAUAAGGGAAGAGACGGAAAGUAUCGCCUCAUAUACAGCGGCGAAGAAUUGGAGUAUCAUCUGAAAGACCUAAGGCCAGCGACAGACUACCACGUACGGGUGUCUGCAAUGUACAACUCGGUUCGAGGCUCGUGUUCAGAGGCUGGCUCAUUCACUACACACUGCAGCGUCCCCGACGUCCCGUUAAGCCCGAAACUCUCUCACCGCACCAAGAGCACCCUUACCCUACAGUGGAAGCCCCCGGGCGACAACGGAUCCAAAAUCACAAACUACCUGCUCGAGUGGGAUGAGGGAAAGAAGAACAGUGUUUUCAGAGAAUGUUACUUUGGGAGCCAGAGACACUGUAAGCUGACACGACUGUUCCCCGCCUGUGGCUACACGUUCAGAGUGGCUGCGCACAAUGACAUUGGCACAAGUGGCUUCAGCACAGAGGUGGUGUUUUACACCAUGGGCACCCUGCCCGCUCUGCCUCUGGCGCCGCGGCUGGUCAGGGCGGGAGUAUCUUGGGUGACCCUGGAGUGGGGGCGUCCAGAAGGCAGUCCGAGCGAGGAGCAGCUCAAAUACACACUCGAAAUCCAGGAGGACAACAGCGGAACAGACUUUCAUCCAAAGUACACUGGAGAAAACUUGACCUGUACUGUACAAGGCCUGAAGAGGAGUACACAAUAUAAAUUCAGGCUCAUAGCGUCAAACAUGGAGGGAAAGAGCAGUCCCAGUGAAGUGUUGGUGUGCACCACCAAUCCAGACAAACCAGGCCCUCCAUCUACACCCUGUGUCACCGCAGCGACACCCUACGGAUUCACCGUCACAUGGGAUCCUCCCCAGGACAACGGAGGCUCAGAGGCUCUUACGUACCUGCUAGAGAUCUCAGAGGGAUGCUCCGAAGCGAGCCAGUGGGAGGUAGCGUACAGUGGUCCAGCAACAGAAUGUGUGUGUGAGCGCCUGACACCUGGGACCUUCUACCGCCUACGUGUGUGUAGCAUCACCACCGGAGGACACAGCCCUUGCACUGUUAGUGUUCCGGUCCGAACAUUAAGCGUCCCACCAGGCCGCUGCCAGCCACCAAGGAUUGUGGGUAAAGCCAAACACAAGGAAGUGCAGUUAGAAUGGGACCCUCCUGUCUCUGAGGGGGUGUGUGAGGAGUGCGUGUUCAGUUUGGAGAUGAGUGAGGGGGACACCAAGCCAGCAGAGGUCUACCAUGGGUCGGAGCUGCAAUGCACUGUUGGUAGUCUCCUGCCUGGUGCCACGUACAGCUUCCAGCUGCGAGCUGCCAACGAGGCUGGGUUCGGAGCGUACUCUGAGCCAACAGAAGUGACAACUGCAGCGGGCCCUCCUGGCCAGUGUGGGGCGCCACUCAUCACUCUUACCAAUAACACCUGCGUAACACUCAACUGGGAGAGUCCCGAGGGUUCGGGUACGGACAUCUCCGAGUAUCGUUUGGAGUGGGCGAGGGAAGACGAACCCAUGGAGCUCAUCUACUGUGGAGCUGCUACACAGUGUGAGCUGUCUGACCUGACGCCUGCCACAGAUUUCUGCUGCAGGCUACAGGCGGUGAAUCAGGCCGGCGCUGGUCCUUACAGCGAGCAGGUGAGUUUCCGGACCCCGGCAACAAAUCCCGACCCGGUCUCGUCCCUCACCCUACUGGACCUCCCAACCUCGUCAGAGUCAGGUCACUCCCCAUCUACCUGCCUCCUCCUGAAGUGGGAGGAGCCAAACAGCAAUGGGGCGGAGAUCACCUCUUACGUCAUCACCCUGGACGACCAAACCAUCACCGUGGAAUCAGGGACAAGUCACCUUGUCGCGGGCCUGCAGCCAGACAGCGAAUACAGUGUACAUAUUCAGGCGGUGAAUGCCAUCGGCUCCAGUCCCUUGAGUCCACCAUUGCUGGCGAGGACACGCCCCCUUCCUCCAGCCCCGCCCCCGCUGGAAUGCUCGGCGGCUGGCCCUCAAAGCCUGAAGCUGAAGUGGGGCGAAAAUGCCAGCAACACGCACACCCGUGCCUUGCUCGCUGAUGACAUGGUCUACACACUACAGAUGGAGGACAAGAACCACAGGUUUGUGACGAUCUACCGCGGUCCCAGCCACACCUACAAGGUCCAGCGAUUGACUGAGUCCAGCAGCUACAGCUUCAGAAUACAGGCUAUCAGUGACGCCGGGGAAGGUCCUUUCUCUGACACACACACUUUCUGCACCACCAAGUCUGUACCCCCUGCCCUCAAAGCUCCCAGAGUGCACCAGCUGGAGGGCAACACGUGUGAGAUCACAUGGGAGACUAUCCCACCAAUGAGAGGAGAUCCUGUCAGCUACGUUCUCCAGGUGCUGGUGGGACGAGAGUCAGAAUACAAACAGGUCUUUAAGGGAGAGGAGGGUAUGUUCCAAAUCUCUGGCCUCCAGGGCAACACAGACUAUCGUUUCCGCGUGGGCGCCUGCCGCCGUUGCCAGGACACCUGCCAGGAACUGUGCGGACCACUGAGCCCCUCCUCCUUGUUCGCGCUGCGUCGCCAGGAGUCGGCGUCGUCGGGAGAGCUUUGUGCUGUCGAAGCGGGCAAAGGCGUGGGCCUGAUCUCCAGCGAUGAGCGCUUCGCGGCGCUCAUUGUGUGCGUGUUCGCAGGCUUCUCCAUCCUCAUCGCCUGCUUGCUACAGUACUUCUUCAUGAAGUGAGGGAAUUUUAACUAUAGGAUAGAAAGAGAAAGCGAAAUCACAGAG